AUGUUUCAUACUUAUAUAGUGAUUCAAAAUCUCCAGGCCAUAUCGGACAACCAGAUCCUAAUAGUGAUUGGAGAGACUGGUUCCGGGAAGACGACUCAGAUAACACAGUAUGUGUGUGAGUGUGGAGUGUCCGGCCGAGGUCGAGUCGCUUGCACGCAGCCAAGAAGAGUGGCUGCUAUGUCUGUAGCUAAGAGGGUUGCUGAGGAGUUCGGUUGCAGGCUGGGGCAAGAAGUCGGGUAUACUAUACGGUUUGAAGAUUGCACCGGACCUGAUACAGUCAUCAAGUACAUGACGGACGGCAUGUUGCUCCGCGAGUGUCUGAUGGACCUGGACCUCAAGAGCUACUCCGUCAUCAUGUUAGACGAGGCCCACGAGCGCACCAUACACACGGACGUGCUGUUCGGCCUCCUCAAGCAAGCGGUCCAGAAGCGACCCGAACUCAAACUCAUCGUGACAUCCGCUACACUAGACGCCGUGAAGUUCUCGCAAUACUUCUUCGAGGCCCCCAUCUUCACGAUACCCGGACGAACCUUCCCCGUUGAGGUUCUCUACACAAAGGAACCGGAAACGGAUUACCUGGACGCCUCAUUAAUAACCGUCAUGCAAAUACAUCUACGUGAACCUCCUGGCGAUAUUCUGCUGUUUUUGACGGGUCAGGAGGAAAUCGACACCGCCUGCGAGAUAUUAUAUGAAAGGAUGAAGUCGCUGGGCCCGGAUGUUCCUGAGCUGAUCAUUCUUCCGGUCUAUUCCGCCCUCCCGUCUGAAAUGCAGACCAGAAUCUUCGAACCAGCUCCUCCUGGCUCGAGGAAGGUGGUGAUAGCUACCAACAUAGCGGAGACCUCGCUCACUAUAGAUGGAAUUUACUAUGUAGUGGACCCAGGGUUCGUCAAACAGAAGGUUUAUAACUCAAAGACUGGCAUGGACUCUUUAGUCGUCACUCCGAUCUCACAGGCGGCGGCAAAGCAGCGAGCCGGUCGUGCGGGUCGUACCGGGCCGGGGAAGUGUUACCGACUGUACACGGAGCGAGCCUACCGGGAUGAAAUGCUGCCUACACCCGUCCCGGAGAUACAAAGGACUAAUCUCGCUACUACAGUGCUCCAACUCAAGACGAUGGGUAUCAACGACCUGCUACACUUCGACUUCAUGGACGCUCCGCCCGUGGAGUCGCUCAUCAUGGCGCUGGAACAGCUGCACUCACUGUCAGCUCUUGACGCUGAGGGACUACUCACCAGGCUAGGGAGACGGAUGGCGGAAUUCCCGUUGGAGCCGAAUCUGUCCAAGAUUCUGAUCAUGUCCGUAGCUCUGCAGUGCUCGGACGAAAUACUGACGAUUGUGUCGAUGUUGAGUGUACAAAAUGUAUUCUACCGACCCAAAGACAAGCAGGCCUUGGCCGAUCAGAAGAAAGCUAAAUUCAACCAGGCGGAGGGUGACCAUUUAACAUUGUUGGCGGUCUACAACAGCUGGAAAAAUAAUAAAUUCUCAAACGCCUGGUGCUAUGAAAACUUUGUCCAGAUACGUACUUUAAAACGAGCGCAGGACGUUAGGAAACAACUGCUUGGAAUUAUGGAUAGGCAUAAGUUGGACGUGGUGUCAGCAGGCAAGAACACGGUGAGGAUACAGAAGACUAUUUGUUCAGGGUUCUUCAGGAAUGCGGCUAAGAAAGACCCGCAAGAAGGGUACAGAACACUAGUUGACAGUCAGGUUGUCUAUAUUCACCCCUCCAGCGCUCUGUUUAAUCGGCAACCAGAAUGGGUAAUUUACCAUGAAUUAGUACAAACUACAAAAGAAUAUAUGAGAGAAGUUACUACAAUUGAUCCCAAAUGGCUCGUCGAUUUCGCCCCGGCAUUCUUCAAGUUCUCAGACCCGACAAAAUUGUCCAAAUUCAAGAAAAAUCAACGAUUGGAGCCUCUGUAUAAUAAAUAUGAGGAACCGAAUGCUUGGCGUAUAUCACGCGUUAGGAGACAGAUCAUUGGUGAAACAGUGAUUUUAGGAAUAGAUUCCCUUAUUCUGGGUUUUUGUGUGAAACAACUAAGUAAAUGUAAACAUAUCCUUGAUUCACUACAGUCAGCCCCUGUAUUGGAUAUAGAUUCUACCAUUACCAAGGAAAUAAAAAAAUAUCCAAAUAAUGUAAUUCCCUAUGUUGUUGUUCGAGGCUUAGUUAAACCUCUCGGUAACCCCAUAACUAGCAACUAUAAUCAACUAGUCACAGGUGUUAUACAAAGAUUGACGAUAAAAGAGCAUGUUAUAGCACGAACAUCAGCAGGCUUCUGGUCAGAUCAAACCCGCACUAUACAUGAAGUAUGCAAUGCUACACCAUUUGUUCUGAGUAAUGGGAAAUAUAGUAUUGAAGUUGUGGAUGCAUUGGCCGCUGAGCUUUUAGAUCUAGACGUUAUAACUGAUAAAUUUGAACCCAUGUCUCCUGGUGUAAUCGAUCAUGUAUGGGGAUUCUUCUCUGGGGUCCGUCAGAGAGGACUGCAGACUAUGGAGGAAAUGUUGAGAGAUGGCUCGUAUAUAACUGUUAUUGGUGAACUGAGUAAAACCAAUUCAGGCUUAAAGAUUCAGCCACCAAGAGAUGGUCUACCAUUAUAUCUCACUACUUCUACUAAAUCAAGUUUGUUGAAGAGACUCGCCAGUUCCAGAGACUUUUUAAGAAUCCUACUCGUUUUGUUUGGUUCAGUGGCAGCUGUGACGUCGGCUCGUAUAUUUUAUAAGUACAUGAAACGUAGACGCCGCAGAUUGGCCGAAGAACAACUGAAGAAACAGUUAGCGGCCGGAAGAAAGGAGAGGAGGGCUCAUACACGGGACAAGGGACUUAGUGAAGUACAAUUAUGCGUUGUUUGCACUGAGAAUCCUAAAGAGAUAAUACUACUGCCAUGUGGCCACGUGUGUCUGUGUGAGGAGUGUUCGGAGCGUAUCAACGAUUCGUGUCCAGUUUGCAGAGCUCGUAUUGAUUCACGGGCGCCCGCGUUCAUUACUUAA